CUCUCGCAUGAAGAACGAAUUGCUAAAGCGAAGGCUGAGAUUGCGGCGAAGAUGGCUUCUUUCGGUGUAGGCAAGAAGUUAGGUGGCCCAUCUCCCUCUCAGUUCACAGUCCCGGCGCUCUCUUCAACCUCCGCCUCGUUACCUGCUCGUCCAGCGGCAGCUACGACACCCACCCUCAACCUUACUGAGAUGGCUAGACAAGUAGCGGAAGCCAAGAGGCUUGCCGCUACAAGUCUGGCGAACAAAGCGGUACAACAGAACCCGUAUCUCUCCCUUCCUACAGCUGGGAAAAAAAAAGUGGUACCUGAACCUGCUCCGGUGGGAAGCGGACUCAAGACAGCAGUUCAUCCGCUCCUAUUAGAUCCUGCACCAUUGGCGCCGCAAUCCAGCAAAGAUCGCUACAAACCUAUGCAGCCAAAAUUUGCGUCUAUCAAGGCGAAUGCAAGGAUAGCCUCAGCGUCGCCUGCACCACCCACUCCCCCUUCUCGCCCGCCAUCCACUGCUGAGCCUUCCAAUCCGUACGCCACAACGUCCACAACACUCGAAGGCGGAUUUCAAGGUGCUCCGAGAAUGCGCGUUGGCGGUACUUUCCGAUUCAACCCCAAAGGCAAGUACGUCCAGCUGGCGGAGCAGAUGAGGAAAGAGGCUCAACUCGGGGCCAUCAAGCAGCGAAUCGCCGAACGCGCUGCAAAGGCUGGUCUCGACAGCGAGUUUGAGGUUCUGGAGAAGAAUAUUAGAAGUGAAGCCCCGCCUGAAGUUGAAUGGUGGGAUGUUGCACUAUUGCCAAAUAAGACAUACGACGACCUCGACCUUGGGAUGGACGUGGUCAAGAUCAGGACUGAGGAUUCGCCCAUUAAUGAGUAUGUCCAGCAUCCCAUACCAAUUCCAGCGCCAUGGGACAAGAACGCAGUCCCACUGAAGCCCUUGAAACUCACGAAGACGGAAACGAAAAAGAUACGCCGGAACCGCCGGAAGGCCGAGCAGCAAGACAAACAAGAUCGUAUUCGUAUGGGUCUCAUCCCACCAGAUCCGCCUAAAGUUCGCCUCGCGAACCUAAUGAAGGUUCUAACUUCUGAUGCUGUUCAAGAUCCAACCAAGGUCGAAGCGCGUGUUCGGCGUGAAGUUGCGAUGCGCAAGCUCGCUCACGAUAAAAUGAACGAAAGUCGCAAACUCACGGACGAGCAGCGCAGGCAGAAGAUUGAAAACAAGAAGCUAGAAGAAGAGAAGAAGGGCUUGUUCGGAGCAGUGUACAAAAUUAAAACACUCAAGGAUCCAUCCCACAGAUUCAAAGUGCGAAAGAACGCUGAACAGUGUGGACUUACGGGUAUUACACUCUUCAACCCGAACUACAAUCUCGUCAUCGUGGAGGGUUCGGCGAAAGCCAUCAAGCAAUAUAAUCGACUCAUGACGGUCCGUAUUAACUGGACCCAAGCUGCUCAAGCUCGUCAUGGAGAUGACGAUGAAGGCGGAGGCGAAACUGAAGAAAAGCCACUCAAUCCACUGGAAGAAGAGGAGAUUCUUUUCAAUCAGAACCACGAAGGCGAAGACGAGGAGGUUUCAUUGGAAGAUAACCGGUGCGACCUGACGUGGGAGGGUCCCUUGCGAGACCGGGCAUUCAAGGCAUUCAAGGUCCGAAAUUGCCCAACCGACACGAUUGCCAAGGAUGCAUUGGGCCCCAGAUGGAUGGGCCAUUGGGAUCUUGCGAAGUCGUUCAUUCCUGAGGAAGAGCUCUGAUUGUAUGCCUUGUCCUCGGCGAGCGAGAAGUUAGCCCGAUAUCUCAUCCAAUUUUUCCCCGACAAAGUACAUAAAAUUACAAAUCGAGUGCUUAUGAUACAUCCAAAUGUCGUACUUUACUCUGAGUGGGAGCCUUCAAAACAUGAAGAGAAUCU